GAAUCUAGACUCGAUCUAGAUGUAUACUAUAUAUAUAUAGAUUAUUAUGAUCAUUAUUUUAAAUGUUAUAGAUCUAUGUAAAUAAUCAUUUUAUAAUUAAUCAGCAGUGACAGACCUAAUGUUCAUAUCUCCAAGUAGCCUAUGUUCAUACGGUAAAUAAUUGGAUAGCAGCAUGUGUAGGAUUUUGUUGGAUUCUUUUAUGCUAUGGAUGAUGCCUUGAACAUUGACACAGUGACCUUUAUGUUGAGAGAAGGAUGAGACUGAGACUAAGGGCAAGAUGUCCUUCUGUACUUGGUGAAUUCAUUCUAAAGUGUUUGACUUAUAUCAUUGUUGCUUUCACAUUAUGUCAACGUCACAUUUGUUGUGUCCUGUGCAUGGUUGUUGUGGUGUGUUUCCUCUGGUGGGCAUCCAGCGACGGAGAGAAGUGUUUUGGCCAUGAGUUAGUUAAGCAUGUGUGCCAGGAAUACAAAGAAAAGAAUGUAGCAGGUGAUAUGUGUGACAGUCUGUGCAAUGAGAAAGAAAUAGACAUUGGUUCUUGUACAAGUUACUCGGAUAUAUUACAGAUCUUUCAGAAUGGUGACCUCGUCUUCUCUGUUCAGAAUGAUCCAUUUCAUUCCUGGCUAAUAGACAGCAUAGUGGAAGGCACAAAACUAAAACGCUUUGUCUUUGAUGUAGACAAACAUAUACAGAGCGAGUUGGGACUGACAGACACCUCGGCAUUGAUGAGCAGGAUUAUUGGGGAUUUUGAUUUAAAUAAAGAUGGAAAUCUGAAUCUUGGAGAAGCUCAGAGUAUAUGGCGUUUACUGAAGCAACCCUUUUUCUUAGCAUUUUAUGUUUUUCAGGAUUCAACAGCUGUUCCUCAUUUGAAUGGUUCCUGUGGAGGGAUCAGCAUUUGGCACAGACCCCACUUGACCACUGGCGAUAAUCUUUACCAUUCAAAGGGGCCAUGGCCACUCAGUCUCUUUUCCAGUCAUGCUUACCGCUGGACUUUGCCCGCCUGGCACAAAAGGGCAAAGGUCAUGCUCAGCUUGUUGGAGUUAGUGGAAGAAAUGUACGAAAAGAAUGGAGUCAGAUAUCAUUUGUGUAAUGUCAGUGGCCUGACACUCUAUCAGCUUCCCAAUUAUGAAGUCACUUUAUCAGAGGAAGCCAUGAUGCUGUCCAGCAACCAAGUGGCCAAAAGGUUGGCCAACAUCUCUUGCCAAAGCUCAUCAGAUUGCACUUUAACCCAUCAGUGUCAAACCGUUUGUGAACUGACCACUGCUCAGUGCACAGGCAAACUAAUUCGACCCACUUUGGCUUACGUCUGUGAUAUCAUGCAGGAUUAUCUUCUGUUUGAUGCCCCUCGAGCAUUAAAGUCUACAUUGACUCGAUUAAUUCAUCGCUGCCAGAACAUGUCUAUGCAUUUACCUAAACUUGAUUUGUUACACUCUGUGGUGGUGGUCGAUAUCAAGACAGUUCUUUGGAAUACACUCCAGUACUCUCACGCAUAAAUUAUGUUUGAAGCUGUGUUUAUAACCAUGUUGAUUUUUAUGUUCUUUAAAUAUCUUAAGUUUGGUCAAUUUUUUAAGAACAUAAUUUUACUAGUCUUAUUUGCUAAGUAUUAAAAAUGUUCUUAAAGAAUUAAUGUUUACAAUAUAUCUGCUAAUUAAUAAUAAUAAGGCUUGUCUUCGAGUCUGAAGAUUAGUGAGGAAUGCUGUAUUUACCCUGGCUGCGCAGCCCCAGCUGUGACUUACAUACUCUGCCACAGCCAGGACAAGCAUAACCAUUGUCCACAGGUGGUCGAUUUAGAUAAUCUUUUCGCCGUCUGCGUCUGUCCUCUGCAGCGGAUUUCCUUUUGGUCUCAAAUGUGUAUCCUGCAGCCUUUGUAAGUGACCUCCAGCUGUCUCUUUCUGAGGCCACAUGCACCCAGGAGCUCUCUAUCUGUGCUAAUUGGAAAUAUUUAAAAGACGUUCUUACCGACAGAAUACUUGGAACCAAGCUGUGAAAUGCCAGUCUAUUAAAUGGAAGGAUUCAACAGUUUGAAAUUUUAAACUCUAUAUUCGCCAUUUUUUAAAAAAAGUAAAGUUGGUUUGUCAUUUAGCCACCUCAACAUCAUUCCAUAGCUAACGCCCAGGCUUUCAUUUCAAUUCUGAAGGAGGCCAAUCAUACAUUUAGCCACACCCCUAAUGCCCUGUUCUGGACACAUAAACUUGAUGCUAGUUGCAUUUUUGGUAACUAGAUUUUGUUUUAUUGUAAUAUCAAUUUAAUAGAAAUGUUUACAUGUACAACUUUCUAUUUAAGGUUUAUUUUUAUUUUCAUAUAUUUUUUCAUUUCAAAACAUUCUGAGGUUGUUUGUCUAAAUUUUAUUUACACUCUUGGUUUGUUAACAUUUUGUAUUUGUAUACUUUUUUUUUUUACUUUUUUUUUCGUCAACUAUCAAAUGUGCAAAUAUCAGCAUUAAAACUUGAAAUAUUUCAUAGUGAAUUCAUUUGAUCAAUACCAGUAUAAUUAUGAUGACUCAUUGGAAUAUAUUGCCUCAGUAUAGAAGUUGUGGAGUUAAUUUGUGUGAAAGUUUUGGAGUUCCCAUUGAGGCUCAAAUAUUGUUUUGAACAUUAACUCAUGAUGUGAACAUUCUAAAUGAACAAUUUUGUAAGAAUAUGAGAACUCUUUGGACUUACCACAAUAAAGUAAUUUGAUGUUUACAGUAAUGUAACAGUUAGUCUAGAAUUCUUGCCAUUUGUCUACAUAAGAAUUAGUAAUAUUUACAUAUAUCUGUUAUAGCAAUAGAUUGAUCAUUGUUUGGACAAUGAGUACUUAUUGUUUUUUGUAGUUUGUUUUGAUUCUUUGAUUGUUGGAAUGGAUGUAUUUUAUACCUCAAGUUCUUUCAAUAAAUAAACAUGUUCUCAAAAUGUAUCAGAAAUAGUGUCACAGUUUUAAAAGAUGUGACAUGAUGUGUCACAAGUUUUAGGCUCUGCAUCAGACAUAACCUGACAGUUUAACAAACUAUAAAUUAUAUAGGUACCGGGGUAUGUGAUCAGUGAUGGUAAACAGACAUAGAUGUAUGUAGGUCACUAGAUUUAGAAAACAUAUGUCAGGGAUAAACAGAUAUUGAUGAGAAAUGAAAUACAAUAUUAUUAGAGUCUAUAGGAUGGCUGCCUUGUCGUGUAAUAUGUGCCUCAGGGUGUUGUCUUGAUGGUCCAGAGUUUGGUUCCUGCAGCUUCAUGAGUUUUUAUCAAUUUUAGUCAAUAUUUUAUGAAACCAUGUUCUGGUUAGUGUCAUCCAAGUCAAGGGAUUGUGAUGUAGGAACUGUAUAUGUAGAAACUGCAUUGAUACUUCUGAAGUACCUAGCACAAAAGGAAUAGUUAUGGGGCUUCAUCAAAUUACAUAUGUAAGUGACAUUGUGUCUAAGUGAUUUAAUUGUUCUGCCAUUGAUCUUAGUUCUUAUUUUACAAGUUCAGCAGAUACAAGCCUGACAUCUUUAGGCGUAAUCCAGUCCAUAAGAUAAUAAAAAUGAUGAAAGAUGAGAAAGCAGAAGUUUUAACAGUUUUAUGCUGACCCACUAGACAUUCUUUAGUUUUCUACACCACAGUUUUCUGUUAUAUUGUACUUUAAAUUAUUAAGAGAAAAAAUGUAAGGAAGCUGUUACUGAGGCUUUGAAGAGAUGAGAAACAAUGCUAGGAUUAUUGGUAGAAAAUUCAUGAUUGUUUUCAUUAAGCUUUUUUUGGUAAGCCUAUUUAUGGAAGGGAAAUUUUCUAUAUAUCUUGAGAGAUGUGAGAUAGAAUUUGUAUAGUCAGUUUAUGAUAAUUAGUGACAAGGAGUUUACUAUCACAAUAAACUUAACAUGUAACAUAAAUGCAGCACCACGGUAUAAGGGUUAUUGAGAGGUGAAACAGAUAAGCUCAGACGAGAACUGUUUGGAAGUCCCUGGUUUGAGUCCUCCUUGGACUGUAUCUGUCCUUUCCUUUUGUACCUUGGGGCUAUUAUAUAAUAAUGCAAUGUGAAUUCAUGAUUUGUUUCAGCACUAAUAGCUUGUAAGUCCAUUUCAAUGUAAUGAACAUGCUAUUUUUGUAGCGGCCCCCGAAAGGGGAAAAGACGCUAUUAGUUUUGUGUGAAAUGUCUGUCCGCCCGUCCCGUUUAGAUCUCGUAAACUAGAGAAGAUAGUGAUAAUCCGGCAUCACAAUAUUUUAGACCAUUCAAAGUUCUGAUGCAACUGCUACUUUUUUUUUUUUUCUGAAAGCGAAAAAUCUAAUUUUUAAAAUCACUUAUGCAAGAAGUUUUUUUAAAGAGAAAAAGCUAUUUAGUAUGCAUUAUAAGUUAGACCUAAUUUAAAACGAAUCUUGUGAACUGCAAUAUUCUUGAAUAUUUUUUUUUAAUUUGUGAAGAUAGAUAUUUUUUUUUUUUUUUUUUGAGGAUUCAAAUAAGAGAUUGAGCCUUUUCAAAACAAAUACUAGAUUAUAAGACUUCAGUUAGGCCAAGGGAGGCGCAGUAGCUGAGCGGUAAAGUGCUUGGCUUCCGAACUGGGGGUCCAGGGUUCGAGUCCUGGUGAAGACUGGGACUUUCAACUUCGGAAUUUUUGGGCGCCUCUGAGUCCACCCAGCUCUAAUGGGUACCUGACAUAAGUUGGGGAAAAGUAAAUGUGGUUGGUCGUUGUGCUGGCUACAUGAUACCCUCGUUAACCGUAGGCCACAAAAACAGAUGAACUUUACAUCACCUGCCCUAUAGACCACAAGGUCUGAAAGGGGAACUAGUUAUGCCAGGUUCACAUCUAACUUUUCAUUCACUUGCACCUAUCCUUUGAUCUGCUGGACCGUUGGGGCACUACUCAAGAUCUGUCAACCUUCUUUCUCCAUUCUUAUCUCUCAUUUGUCUUUGAUAUAAUUUCAUUCGGAUGUUCUUUCUGAAAAUAUUGAAGCUUGCCUGGGUGGACCACUUCGGGGCCGAUUUUGAGUUUGUGUUUCCACACAAACUGUCUUUCUAACCUUGUUUAUAGUUGAACCUCAUGGGGCAAUGUGCAGUUCAUUAGAGAACAAUUACCAAGAGAUGGAUGUAGAGUUGAUAUUGAUAGUGGUUUAUGAUAAUAUAUUUAUGUUUUUUUUUUUCAGGGGCAGAGUUG